AUGCAGCUCUCAGACCUCAAAUAUGCCUUCUAUGCUCUCAGCCCGACAUUCCUCUCUUCAGCACUCAUCCUCAUGCUGCUCCUCCUCUUCGCGAUAGCAUCACUGCUCAUCAACACCAUAUCCUAUCCCAAGAUUGCCGUCACACACAUGCUUAUCUUCCUUUUCUCCGCCUUCUACAUCCCCGCAGUGCCAGUCGCGGUAUCAGUCGAUAUCCUGCUCCUCACCUUCAUCCUUUUCUCCAUCGUCAAAAGCGUGGGCAAAUUCUUUUCAGGAUCUGGGCGGAGUAAGUAUGUUGAGAAAAUUAUCAAGCUGUCUCUCGCGUUUGCUUGUCUGGCUAUCUUGCAAGAUGUUGUGUUUGCCGAGGCAGACUUCGGGUUCAGUGCGAUGGCACAGUCUAGUCUUGUGGUGGGGAGCCUCAGGAGGUUCUUGGCCGAUGUUGGAGUUGGGUAUGGUGUUGCAGCAGAGAUGCUUGCCAGGGUGUAA